AGGGGCGGCCUCUGAUUGGUAGGGGUGGGGACGUGGGCGGCGCCAGAAAGAGCAGCUGUCAUGGCGGAGCUGAGCGAAGCGCUGCUUUCUGUAUUGCCUUCCAUCCGGGUACCUAAGGCCGGCGACCGUGUCCACAAGGAUGAGUGUGCUUUUUCCUUCGAUACCCCGGAAUCCGAUGGAGGCUUGUACAUCUGCAUGAACACGUUCCUGGGGUUUGGGAAACAGUAUGUGGACAAAUAUUUUGAGAAAACAGGCCAGCGGGUCUAUCUCCAUCUCAAGAGGACACGCAAAUUGAAAGAAGAAGAUGCCAACUCCAGCGCCGGAGAUCCCCCUAGGAAGAAACCCACCCGCCUAGCUAUUGGAGUCGAAGGUGGAUUUGACAUCCCCGAGGAGAAAUACGAAUAUGAUGAACAUGUCAAAAUAGUCAUUUUACCCGAGCACCUGGACAUUCCUCGGGACGGAUUAGAGGGUCUGCCGGAUAUGGUCAAGGACAGGGUUUCCAGUGCGAUUGAAGCUAUUCUGACUGCAGACUCUGCCUCCCGGAAGCAAGAGGUGCAGGCUUGGGACGGGGAGGUGCGACGUGUGUCUCGGCACGCUUUCUCCCUCCAGCAGCUCCAGAAUGGUGUGCGUAUUCCUCCUUGUGGCUGGAAGUGCACCAAGUGCGACAUGCGGGAGAACCUGUGGCUCAACAUGACGGACGGCGCCAUCUCGUGCGGGCGGCGCUACUUCGACGGCAGCGGGGGCAACAACCACGCCGUCGAACACUACCGGGAGACUGGCUACCCAUUGGCCGUGAAGCUGGGAACCAUCACUCCAGAUGGAGCUGAUGUCUACUCCUAUGACGAGGACGACAUGGUCCUGGACCCCAACCUGGCCGAGCACCUGGCCCACUUUGGGAUUGACAUGAUGAAGAUGCAGAAGACCGACAAGACGAUGACCGAGCUAGAGAUCGAUAUGAACCAGCGGAUUGGCGAGUGGGAGCUGAUCCAGGAGUCUGGGGUGCAGCUCAAGCCUCUCUACGGUCCCGGCUACACGGGCAUCCGUAACCUGGGGAACAGCUGCUACCUCAACUCCGUGGUGCAAGUGCUCUUCAGCAUCCCAGACUUCCAGCGAAAGUACGUAGACAAGCUAGAAAAAAUAUUCCGGAAUGCUCCCACAGAUCCAACGCAGGACUUCAGCACCCAAGUAGCCAAGCUGGGCCACGGGCUACUCUCUGGGGAAUAUUCAAAGCCAGCUGCCACAGAUGGGGAACAGCAACCGGACCAGAAGGGAAUUCAGGAUGGCAUCGCGCCACGCAUGUUUAAAUCUCUGGUGGGCAAAGGGCACCCGGAGUUUUCCACCAACAGGCAGCAAGACGCCCAGGAGUUCUUCCUGCACUUUAUCAACAUGGUGGAGAGGAACUGCCGCAGCUCCGAGAACCCGAACGAGGUCUUCCGCUUCUUGGUGGAGGAGAAGCUCAAGUGCUUGGCCACGGAGAAAGUGAAAUACACCCAGCGGGUCGACUACAUCAUGCAGCUGCCGGUGCCCAUGGAGGCUGCUCUGAAUAAAGAUGAGCUGCUGGAAUAUGAAGAGAAGAAGCGGCAAGCGGAUGCGGAGAAGCAGCCUCUGCCGGAGCUGGUCCGCGCCAAGGUGCCUUUCAGCUCCUGCCUGGAGGCCUACGGGGCCCCGGAGCAAGUGGACGACUUCUGGAGCACAGCCUUGCAGGCCAAGUCUGUGGCCCUCAAGACUACCCGGUUCGCCUCCUUCCCGGAUUAUCUAGUGAUUCAGAUUAAGAAAUUCACCUUUGGCCUAGACUGGGUACCUAAAAAGCUCGAUGUCUCCAUCGAAAUGCCGGAUGAGCUGGACAUCUCCGUGCUGCGGGGGACCGGACUCCAGCCUGAGGAGGAGGAGAUGCCUGACAUCGCACCCCCGCUGGUGACGCCCGAUGAGCCCAAAGGUAGCCUGGGUUUCUAUGGCAACGAGGACGACGACUCCUUCUGCUCCCCUCACUUCUCCUCUCCGACAUCCCCCAUGUUGGACGAGUCGGUCAUCACCCAGCUCGUCGAGAUGGGCUUCCCGACGGACGCCUGCCGCAAGGCCGUGUACUACACCGGGAACAGCGGGGCCGAGGCUGCAAUGAACUGGGUCAUGUCGCACAUGGACGAUCCAGAUUUCGCAAAUCCUCUGGUUCUGCCUGGAUCCAGUGGGCCGGGCUCCACGAUCACCUGUCCCGAUCCCCCGUCCGAAGAUAGCGUGGCAACCAUCGUCUCCAUGGGCUUCUCCCGGGACCAGGCGAUGAAAGCGCUCAGAGCUACGAAUAACAGUCUCGAGCGGGCUGUGGACUGGAUCUUCAGCCACAUCGACGACCUGGACGCAGAAGCCGCCAUGGACAUCUCCGAGGGGCGGUCGGCUGCAGAAUCCAUCUCCGAAUCUGUUCCCAUGGGGCCAAAAGUGCGCGAUGGACCCGGGAAAUAUCAGCUCUUUGCCUUCAUCAGCCACAUGGGCACCUCCACAAUGUGCGGCCACUACGUCUGUCAUAUCAAGAAGGAGGGCAGAUGGGUGAUCUACAAUGACCAGAAAGUCUGCGCCUCGGAGAAGCCUCCCAAGGACCUCGGCUACAUCUAUUUCUACCAGCGGAUUCCCAGCUAGGGCCAUCCCCCUGCCGGGAGCGGAGUGGAAGCCGGCUGCCGGCAAGGG